AUGAAUUGCCUAUUUUGGAAUAUUCGUGGUAUUGAAAAAGGCGAGAAAAUCUUACCUAUUAGAACGCUAGUGGAAAAAAAGAAAGUUUUAUUUAUGGGUCUUGUGGAGACUAAACAUAAAAGAUCUGUUCGAAAUAGGAUGAAGAGGAUGUGGGGUAAUGAUGAUUAUGAUAUCUGUGAAGUCUAUGAAUCUGAAACGAACGAGGGUGGUGUGAUUGCGGUGUGGGAUAAACAAACAUUCGUUUCCUCAAUUAAACACAUGGGAAGUCGAUGGAUCCUUAUUGAAGGUUGUAUGAAGAAGAAUAAUUUUGAAUGUUGUGUGGGUGUCAUUUAUGGGCAUAAUGAUAGAAUGGGAAUACGUGCUAUGUUUGAAGAGCUUAAACAGAGAGUGGUUAGUAUCAACAAACCAAUACUGCUGCUUGGUGAUUUCAAUGUCACAUUACACGAAGGGGAAAGAACCGGACCCUUCAGAUGCGACCGUAGCAUGAAUGAUUUCUCGGAAUGGAUUACAGAUUUGAGAUUGCUUGAUUUACCCUUACAGGGACUGAAAUUUACCUGGAGAAGAAAUGAAUCAAAAAGUAGACUUGAUAGAGCUCUAUGUUGCCACACAUGGCUCAGCUCCUUCCCGCAUCUGAGGCUAUAG